AUGGAUAAAGAUCUUUUAGGCUUCUCUUUGUCAAAUGAAUCCAAGGAAGAAGCCUAUUAAAUCAAGCUUUUCCUUAAUUCUUCACCUCAAUCAAAUUAUUGA